GUCAUAAAAAAGCAGUCCAGCUCACCGGGGGGAAAACAAAGACAACCUCUGACACAAGACUCGAGAGGCUGCGAACUACUCUUCGAGCUCAGUGGAGCGCGUGAGAAAACACACGAGCCGAACUAAUGGACAUACUUUCCUCCAAAAACAUGAAGAAACCGAGGACGCUCUGCUGCAACAUAAAGAUGUUUGUCCUGUGCCACAGCCUCCUGCAGUUGUCUCAGCUGCUGUACAGCGCCUGCUUCAAGAGCACCAUCAGCACAAUCGAGAGACGCUACGGCCUCAGCAGCUACUCCUCAGGAACCAUUUCCUCUCUCCACGAGGUCAGUAACAGUGUGCUGAUCGUGUUUGUGAGCUACUUUGGAAAUCGGGUCCACCGUCCUCUCUUCAUUGGAAUCGGAGGACUACUGAUGGCUGUCAGCGCCAUGAUGCUGACCUUAACUCACUUUGUAUCCCAGCCCUACGAAUACGACUCUGUUCUAAACAACCGCCAUGACAUUUGCAACCAGCAAAGGAACUCAAGUGACCUGGAGUCUUGUGGCCGCGACGAGACCCGCCGUCUGGCCGACACCAGCAACCUGUGGCUGCUUAUGGCCAGCGCUCAGCUGCUCUUCGGCGUGGGCUCCGUGCCCAUCCAGCCCUUUGGGAUUUCCUACAUAGAUGAUUUUGCUGGACCCGGCAACUCUCCUCUAUAUAUAGCCAUCCUGUUUACAGUUUCUGUAUUUGGGCCUGCCAUUGGAUACCUGCUGGGCUCAGUCACGCUGCGGAUCUAUGUGGACGUGAACAAAACUGGUUUUGGAACUGAACUGGAGCUGAGACAGACUGAUCCCCGCUGGGUCGGGGCCUGGUGGAUGGGCCUGCUCAUCACCGCUGGCUGCCUGUUUAUCACCUCCAUCCCCUACUUCUUCUUCCCUCGUAAAAUGCCUUCAGAAGAUAAUGUGAUUGGAAGUGAAACUGACAUCAGUGAUGACUUCAAAAAGCCAGAUAGCUCUUUACUUGAUUUCCUGAAAAUGUUUCCCAGGAUGUUUGUCCACCUCCUGUUGAGCCCUCUCUUCCUAAUGCUGGUCCUGGCCCAGUGCUGCUUCUCCUCAGUGAUCGCAGGUCUCGCUACGUUCCUCAACAAGUUUCUGGAGCGACAGUACAGUGCGUCAGCCUCCUACAGCAGCCUGCUAGUAGGUGCUGUGAAUCUGCCAGCAGUAGCUGUGGGGAUGCUGAUGGGAGGCAUCAUCAUGAAGAGGGCGGGUCUUUCUCUGAAGACCAUCCCGCGCUUCUCUGUGGCCAUGCUGACCAUGUCCACCCUCCUCUGUGUCCCGCUCUUCUUCAUGGGCUGUCCCACACAGAAUGUCUCAGAGGUCAACCACAUUGGACAGCAUGGGUGCUACUCAGACUGCUCCUGCCCUCCCAGCGCCUUCAACCCCGUGUGUGGCUCUGACGGUGUCGAGUAUAUUUCUCCUUGCCAUGCGGGCUGCACCAACUUCACCAAAGACCUCAACAACACCCACAGGGUUCAGCUAUAUACCAACUGCAGGUGUAUAUCUGGGAGCCAGAGAAAUGCCCGUCCUGCACCCUGUCCAAACAACUGCCCACAUCUUCUUCUCCCCGUCAUCCUUGUCAUCUCUCUGGCGUCGCUGAUCGCCUGCCUCACUCACAACCCCAUGUACAUGAUGGUGCUCAGAUGUGUUCCCUCCGAAGACAAGUCAUUUGCUAUAGGAAUUCAAUUUUUACUCAUGAGAGUAUUAGCCUGGCUACCCGCUCCUGCUCUCUUCGGGACUGCCAUUGAUACAUCAUGUAUUUGGUGGAAGCGUGUGUGUGGAAAGAAGUUUAGCUGUGGUUACUAUGACAACGACAUCUUGAGGAACCGGUACUUGGGCUUACAGGUGGGUUAUAAGGUCAUGGGCAUCGUCCUGCUGAUGAUGCUGGGCUGGAAGGCGAAGCGGACCCAGGAGUACAGUCUGGAGAAGAGGCCUGAUGGACCACUGUGACCCUGUUGAUCUAAGCCUCUGUGUCUCUUAAAACUUUGCUGUGGCGGUUAAACAUGUUGAAGAACAAUGUGCAGAGCAAAACCGUGUCAGUAGGAGAGAGCCACAGUCAAGACGGCGUUACACUGACCUCAAUUUCUGUAGGCCCACUUCCAGACCUGGUGCUUUACUGGUUAGAGGUACAAUUUUUCAAAAAGGGAAAAUGUCUGAGGAUUUUGGAUGCUUUAAAGCAGAGGUUAUCAAUUGUUUUUCAGCCAAGGACCCCUUACAAGAAAGAGAAUAUAUCGGGGACCCCUUGGUUUGUCCUUUUGAAUAAUUUGAAGUAGCCUAUUUUUACACUAUUAUGGUCUUAGCUAUGUGAAAGAACAACCCAAGACAAAUAUAUUUGAAACAUAUUAGACAUGUAAUAAAUAAUUGCACCAUCACAGAAUACCCAUUGAACAAUGCAAUUGAUGGGACAAAAUCUUCUCAUGAUUGGAAUUACUCUGACAAUAUGAUUCACUUAUUAAAAGUUAAGAGAGGAGAGUUAAAACCGCUCUCACAAUAUUGUACAUGCAUCUGAGAUGGUGAUGAGAGUUGAAACAACAGAUAAAUAUCUUUAUGUAUUACUUCUUCCUAUAAGGUAGGAAUCUAUUCAGGUUUCUAGUUCCAAUGGGAACAUAUUAUGUAACUAAUGAACUGUAUUAGCUUAAUAUUUAAGUUUUAUUUUUUUUAUAGAUGUUUGUCUCAUACACAGAGACAUCUGUGAUAACUGCAAUACUCAUUUCAUAUAUGAUCACAUAUAACACUUGAUUUUAUUUGCAAUGCUAAUGUAUUUUCAGAUAUCAAGUUCCAUACACUGUUACUCAUAAAUUAACCACACUUAGAAUGCUACCUACUGGUGUGGUUAUAUUGGUUACAGUGGAGUGCAUAAAUGUGUAAGCAUUACUGACUAAUAUAUCCAAGUCAGCUUGGAGGCUUUUGUUCAUGAAUAUGAAGCUGCCAUGUGUAGUCUUCUGUGUACAGUAAUGUUGGAAUUGCAUUGCUAAGUAUUGAAAACAACUAUAUCCAUCUAUGUAUACAUGUAGGUGUACAUGUACAGGUAUGGAAUAUAUACAGUUACAAAAUAUCUGUGUAUCUGCAUAUGUUAAAUAAACUAUGUGACUACA